CUGAAAGGUGUGGCGAGUUUGGAAUAUUGUGAAAUUCCUCCUCCGACAUCAAUCCUCUGGUUUCACUGAGUUUGAAACUUCUCUCUACAACCACAACCAUGUCUGUUUGGGAUGACUUGGACCUGCUCUUGGACUCCCCAUCCUCACUCACGGUCACGUCGAACACAAGAGGAACUGUGAAGGACAAGGCAAACUUCAAAGCAGAGGAGGAUGUUGCUGCACUAAGGAAGGCCAUAGAGGGUCUCGGUACAACAGAAAAGACAUUGAUUGAGGUGUUGACCCAAAGAAGUAACGCCCAGCGCCAGCUAAUCGCCAAGGCUUACGAGAAAGCCUCAGGAAGGAAAUUGGUCGAUGACCUGGAGGGCGACACUCACGGAGACUUUGAAGACUUGCUGGUCGCCUUGGUGACGCCUCCUGCCAUCUAUGACUGUCAGGAAGUCAUCAGAGCGAUCAAGGGUGCAGGGACCACAGAGAGCACGCUGACAGAAAUCUUCUCCUCGAGAUCCAACAGACAGAUCCGCGCCUUGUCUGAAGCGUACCUGGCAGAAACUGGAAAAGCGAUGAUUCAUGAUCUGAAGUCGGAGGUAUCUGGAGAAUACGGAAAGGCGCUGCUCAUCCUGGCUGAGGGGAAGAGAGACGAGACGACCAACGUGGAUAAUGCCAAAGCCAAAGCAGAUGCUAAGGCCUUGUACGAAGCAGGAGAGAAGAAGUGGGGAACUGAUGAGGACAAGUUUAUUGACAUCCUGUGCCACAGGAGUGUUUCCCAGCUUCGGCAAACUCUGAUUGAGUACAAGAACAUCAGCAAGAAGACUCUGCAGGAGAGCAUCGAGAGCGAGAUGUCUGGAGACUUGGAGAAACUACUCGUGGCCGUCGUCAAGUGUGUGAAGAACGCUCCAGCAUACCUCGCUGAGAGGCUUUUCAAGAGCAUGAAGGGCGCAGGGACCACAGAGUCCACUCUGACCAGGAUACUCGUCAGUCGCUCGGAGAUCGAUCUGUUGGACAUCCGAGCAGAGUACAAGAAGCUGUUUGGGUUCACCCUCUACUCCCAGCUAGAGUCUGAAGUGUCGGGUAGCUAUGGCGACGCCCUCAAACAUCUAUGCGGCCAAGAUGACUAACUCCUCCCUGCUCCCGUGUUGUCAAGUGCAGCUUUUUCUCCAUUGCAGAUGGGAAGAACUACAUCUAAUGAUGAGUCAUUAACCUCUCCAGUAGCAUCUUAGUGAAAUAUCUGGUUCAACUAAACCCCACCAAUGGCUGGAACUAAACAUCUGGAAAUGCUUUGUGGUGUGGAAUUCCAGUAAUGUUCACAGCAAACCUUAAGAAGCUGUUGAAUGUGUUUGAGCGUUUGUAUUCAAUGUGACUGAUAUAAAAAAAAAAGUGGUUAAUCUUCUUAUAUACUGUAAUAGCCCACAAGUUGGCAACGUGCACAUAAAUAAUGUCACAACUUUCACAUUAAAUAAAAAUACUGUAUUCAA